AUGAUUGAGCUUUCCACGCGCACCAAAGCGUCCUACACCUAUGUCAAGGACUGGAUGAUGCUUCGCGAGUGUGUCGCAGGAUGCCUUGGCUCUCUCCAAACUACCUCACACCAAAACGUCCGAUUAAAGCUGCGGCUUCCUGAAGGCUCUCCAGCCAAAUUCGUCAAGAUCAGUGGUGCCCUUCAGAUCACCAAACGAGCGACUGGAAGAGAUGCGGAAGCUUCUUUGGGUGAUUUACGCUUUGGCGACAAGAGAGAUAUCCUUGUUCAGCUUGUCAUUGCCCCAGACACUGGCUCACCCGAGCAAGUUCCACAAGAUCCUUGGGAAUCGAUUGUGUCUGGCUUGGAAGCAUUAGGUGGACCACUAGACCAAGACGAGUCACGCACACUCAGCGUCGAAGAGGUGCCCUUAAUCCAAGCUGAUCUCACAUAUGGAGACAUCUUACGCGAAGGCCAUCGCCGCAACGAUGCUUCCAGCGCCACAGGAAGCACCGGCGAUUCUUCACCCACUACCAACAGCAACAGCGGGGAGAUGCGACCCCGUACGCCCUCGCCCCACGCCGAUAGCCCCUUCACUCCUGCAGCGGGUAUUGACGCGCGAACCAUGCACGCCCUCGAUGCCGAGCUCGAAUCUAGCCUGGAAUGGAUCAACCACCCUGCCGUCUUUGGUAGAGACUCGCGCAAGGCGGUAUUGCAGGCCAUCGGCGUGAUAUCCUCACAACGCGCAUACACCUUCCGAUCACCUUCCGAAUCGCUUUGGGCGGAACGAAUUACGGGCGUCAAACGUCUGUCAGAGCGCUCACGAUUAUGGCGCGAGUCUGGUGACCAAGAAGCGCUCAUGGAAGAGAACUAG